UUAAACAAGAAAAACCCAACACUUUAUAUUUAGGUAAUAAACUCUACGCAAAAAUUUACUUUUAAUAUUUUGAAUUUGCAGACCUCCAUUGCUUGGUUUGCCUCUGGUUUUGGGGAUCCAUAGGUUUCGGAGUUUCUUCGUCUUCUUCAUAAAGGGUUGAUAGGUUUCAAACCACAUAAUUUGUGCUGAAUUGGCAGUAUUGUGUUGAAGGUCGUUGAGGUUUUUUUUUUUUUCGUGGCAUAAUUUUAGCAUUCUACUGGAAGUAUAAAAGCCAGGGAAUGCUGAAAGAUGUGCCUGACCUCUCCGAACUCCGAUUCACAACUCCAUAAGGUUGUAGCUUCAACAGAGCUACGCUUCAGUUUUCUUGCUGGUGUAAAUUACAGUAGGUUUGGUCUUGAUACCCAACAGCAGGAUGAUCCCACAAGUAGGUAUGCCAUGCCGGUUGUGUUGAUGCACGACCAUUGUGAAGACGGUUGAGCUUGUUAUAUUGCUGUAAACUCCUGCUUUGUAAGAUUAUAUAUAGAUAGUGUUUGCGGGAGCAAGUUGUGUGUUUGUUGUUUAUAAGGUGUUGAAGCUUGAAAUGGAGAAUAACUCUUAUAUAUUGAUGCAAAGGUACGAGUUAGGGAGACAGCUGGGUAAAGGCACCUUUGCCAAGGUUUACUAUGCAAGGAGCUUGAUAACUAAUCAGGCUGUGGCUAUCAAGGUUAUUGACAAAGAGAAGAUUAUGAAGGUAGGGCUGAUGGAUCAGAUAAAGCGAGAGAUAUCUGUUAUGCGACUGGUUAGACACCCCAAUAUUAUACACCUUUAUGAGGUCUUGGCGACCAAAACUAAGAUAUACUUUGUCAUUGAGUAUGCCAAAGGCGGUGAGCUAUUUAACAAGGUGGCCAAAGGAAAGCUGAAGGAGGAUGUUGCACGGAAAUAUUUCCAGCAGCUGAUAAAUGCACUUGAUUUCUGUCAUAGCAGGGGAGUUUAUCACCGGGAUAUUAAACCAGAGAACUUAUUGCUAGAUGAGAAUGAUAAUCUGAAGAUCUCUGAUUUUGGGUUAAGUGCCCUUGCGGAAAGCAAGCGCCAAGAUGGUCUGCUUCAUACCACUUGUGGUACUCCUGCCUAUGUUGCUCCAGAAGUUAUUAAUCGGAAAGGCUAUGAUGGUGUGAAAGCUGAUGUUUGGUCUUGUGGGGUGGUCUUGUAUGUCUUAUUGGCUGGUUAUCUCCCAUUUCAUGAUUCAAAUUUGAUGGAGAUGUACAGGAAAAUUGGUAAAGCAGAGUUUAGAUGUCCAAAUUGGUUCUCACCAGAAGCACGUAGGCUUUUGUGCAAGAUGUUGGAUCCAAAUCCCAAUACUAGAAUUUCCUUAGCCAAAGUUAGGGACAGUUCUUGGUUCAGAAGAGGACCAAAAUCCAAAGAGAAAGAGGUGGCUCCGGCAGGAACAGAAGCUUCAAGUCCCAGUGAGAAUAAUAUGGCUGCUGAGGAAAACGAGGAGUCAGGGAGACCUUCAAACUUGAAUGCUUUUGAUAUUAUAUCCCUUUCUGAUGGGUUUGAUCUGUCUGGCUUGUUCGAAAAAAAUCCUCUAAAUAGGGAAGCAAGAUUCACUUCAAGAGAGCCUGCCAGAGUCAUCAUCUCCAAGAUAGAAGAAAUGGCUAAGCAUCUGAAGCUAAAAGUGAAAAAGAAGGAUCAUGGAUUGUUGAAAAUGGAUCGAUUGGAGGAAGGCAGAAAGGGGUUUUUGUCCAUUGAUGCAGAGAUAUUUGAGAUCACUCCAACUUUUCAUUUAGUAGAGGUCAAGAAAUCAAAUGGAGAUACAUUGGAGUACCAGAAGAUGUUGGAGGACAUGAGGCCUGCUCUGCGAGAUAUUGUCUGGGUUUGGCAAGGUGAGCAAGAACAGACGUCGCAGGAGCAGCAGCAACAUGAACAAGAAGAACUGCCACAGAAUCAGCCACAAUUAUAGCUGAAAUGCCUGUUUUCUUUAUCAUAUCUCCCAAUUGUUUGUAGAUUUCAGUCUCCUAAACUAUUAACUUUGUGUUUUUCCUUUUCAAGUCUCACGACUGGUUUAAUAAAGUUGUUCAUACA